AUGGCCAAACAACCUUCAGCUCUCAGUCAGGUCCUUCCUCUCAUCAUCGUCUUCGCUCUGCUCAGCGUAGGCGGCUGGAUCGGCUACCAAGUCUACAUCAGCGUCGCCAAGAUGUCCGAUGCUGCGUCCGAGCGCAUGGGCAAGAAGAACGUCGUUUUCACAAAGGAUGGUGUAAAGGUCGGCGUUAAACAAAUCAAGAACGAAAACUAUGUCGAUGCGACGCAAAGCUGGUUCGUCAAGGCGUGGAAUCUAGGCACGACAUCAGAUGCUAGUAAAAGAUUGCACUUGGAAAAGUUCCUGUGA